AUGAGCUCUGCCCCCUUUCCCUCUCGCUGCAGCGAUGAAAGCAGAGGAGAAAUUCGAGACAAACCCGUGGAUGUGCCAUAAAACCGUUUGUUAGAGCUGAGAUAAUAAUCUUCUGCCAGUUGUUAGCCUGGUGAGCGCGCAGCUCUGCAGUGGUUUCAGUCGAAGAUAAGACGCUUUCUGUGUGAGAGGGGAACCCGAACAAGCUGAGAGCGACAGAGGUUUUUUUUUUUAUCGGCCCACUGCAGUCUGAAUCACCGCCGACUCGCCCCACUGCUGGUUCAUCAUCGACGACGUUUGCCCCAUCGACGUGCGCAUCCUCUCGGAGGCACAAAGCGACGGGAAGGGACGGACCCGAGCCCGCAUUUGACCCUCUGCCGCAGCCCCGAGGUGCGCUGCUUAGCGGGGUGUGCUAAAUAAUGAGCCAAAGGGACACACUGGUUCAUUUGUUCGCUGGAGGAUGUGGUGGCACAGUGGGCGCAAUUCUGACUUGUCCUCUGGAGGUAGUGAAGACCAGACUGCAGUCCUCCUCCGUCACUCUCUACGUCUCUGAAGUCCAUCUCAGCACCGUUAAUGGAGCCAGUGUGGCCCGUGUCGCUCCACCAGGGCCUCUGCACUGUCUCAAGUUAAUUCUAGAGAGAGAAGGUCCUCGUUCUCUCUUCAGAGGACUGGGGCCCAAUCUUGUGGGCGUGGCACCUUCCAGGGCGAUCUACUUUGCGGCCUAUUCAACUGCCAAGGAGAAGCUGAAUGGGGUCCUGGAGCCGGACUCUACCCAGGUGCACAUGGUGUCUGCUGGGCUGGCAGGGUUCACCGCCAUCACGGCCACCAAUCCGAUCUGGCUGAUCAAGACCCGUCUGCAGCUGGAAACCAGAUCCCGGGGUGAGCGGCGAAUGAAUGCAUUUGAUUGCGUUCGGCGGGUGUACCAGAUGGACGGCCUGCGAGGUUUCUACAGGGGCAUGUCGGCCUCAUACGCUGGCAUCUCUGAGACUGUUAUCCAUUUUGUCAUCUAUGAGAGCAUCAAGCGUAAACUGGUGGAAUCCAAGGCCCACGGCAGCAUGGACGAAGAGGAGGAGUCUGUCAAAGAUGCGUCAGACUUUGUGGGCAUGAUGCUCGCAGCGGCCACCUCCAAGACCUGUGCCUCCUCCAUCGCAUACCCUCACGAGGUGAUCCGCACACGGCUACGAGAGGAAGGCAGCAAGUACCGCUCGUUCUUCCAAACGCUGCUGACGGUGGCCAAGGAGGAGGGAUACCGGGCACUGUACCGCGGCUUAACCACCCACCUCGUCAGACAGAUCCCCAACACUGCCAUCAUGAUGUGCACCUAUGAGGUGGUGGUCUACCUGCUCAGCCGCUAGCCCACCAGCUAUGUCUCCUUCUUGGUUAAAGAUGGGGACAGUUAGCAAGUGACUGAGAAGGUGUGGACUAAAUGUCAAAAUGAAGACCAAAGGAAAACCGAAAAAUACUCUUGUGGACAAGAAGAGGGAGGAAAGCCCUUUGUUACCAUAUGAGCAUCAUCACCUCAAGUUCCCUUUAUCAGGUUGCAGGAACAGAUAGAGGUCACUGCAGUUCAGAGAAGAGGUAAUAUGGGAAGGAUGAGGAGAAGAGGCACUGACGGGAAAGACACGGAAAGAGUUUGGCACCUGUUCAACCAACGGUACCUCUAAAGGAAUACAUUUUAAGCACAUUUCAGUGGCCUUAACAAGGGUUUUAUUUUGCAUCCUUCCUUUUAGAGUGGAGAGUGAAAAACGGCCUUUUCCACUCUUGGAUAGAGAUGAUAUUGUGCACGGGGAAUGCUUGGAGACCACUCGGUGUGACAGGAUAGAUGAUGACUAAAUGUAGGUCAAUGUCACACUACUUGGCACCAUUUGUCUGCGCUGGACUUGCUUCAGUGCGGUGAGACUCCUGUACCAUCUGAACCACCCAUCUUUGCACGACACAAAGUGUGGCUUCAAGCACCCCCCCCCCCCCCCCCCCCAGGCCUGAGGUUCAUACACAGCGGUGAGCUAAGUGGCCACACAUAAGAAAACACAAUGAUGAGCUUGUGAUGGCUGACAUUCAGUGUUCUACUCCUCUAUAACUCGGGGCCUGGUGGUGACGUGGUUCGGGUGAAAGUUUGCCUUCUGUGUUGACAGUUUCUCUUUGUUAAAACUGAAAUAAGGUUGGCAUACAAGGCCAGCUUCUGCCUGCACCCAGUCACUGCUUAGGACUUUAAAAAUCUUGUGUGGAAACAUGAGACCAACGUGUCCUUUUUAGAGAUGUGAAAGUGUGUGAUUGUCCAAAAGGUACCGACACUUAAGUAUCUACUAUUGGAGUGCCACUACUUAAAUAUAAUGUGACGGUGUGGGGAAAUGUUGUAGUGGGAGAAUGUUGAUGGAGUUUCAUCAUCACAUUGUGUGUGUGUGUGUGUGUGUGUGACAUGUUGGUCACUCUCACCAUGAUGAUCUAACUAUGUUUUAAGAAUGUGUUUGUUCAUCUGCGGUCAUGUGUGCCUGCAUCUAUAGCUGAUAUCUACUCCAGAUUUCCCUCCACUAACCAUUCAUCUUACCGGACACUGCGGUUGGGAGUGUGGGAAAGCUCCUGUGCGACACUGGGAGCUUUCCUUCCCAGUCUCAUGCCAGCCCUUCCUUCCAGUGGCUCCCAGCUGACCUGAUAACAUGCACUUUUGUGGCCUUUUAGGGCUUGUGCUUUGCAUUUUUCUUGUGUGGACAGUUUGAACUUGUACAUUGUAAAAGAAAAAAAGUAUUCCUGUAUAUCAAAAUGUUAUUUUGCGCAACUGUUCUUAUAGCAGAUAUAUUGUACAGUUUAGAGUUCUCAGUAGUUGUGAAGGAUGUCCAAAUGUGUGUGUGUGUAUAUAAUAUAGAUACUGUAUAUGCAUAUCAUUUAUUGUUUUUGUUCUUAGGUCCGCGCAUGAUCAUGCUGUAGUUUGCAUUUGCAACAUGUCAUUAUCUUUUUUGUGCAAUUUAACCUUGUUUGACAGUGACUGUUGACAUGAAUAUAGUUCUUGCUUGACUGGGUUUUCUUACAGUAUAAACUGUGAGUUCAUUUGUAUUUGUAUGUUGCUGUAAGCGGUCAAGCCAACAUUUGUGUUAACACUAAAGCUAACAAAUGCUGCAAGAGAAAUACUUUAGUGUAAGCGUUUAGUGUGCGUUGGUUAGUCGUUUUUAGCGGUCCAAAAGAAAAGUUCCAUUUUGCAAAGCUUGGAUGUUUCCAUCAUUGGUAAUGUUUACAUUGCUCAUAUCUCUCAUAGCAGCAUGUUUAGAAUAUCAAGAUGGAGGUAUUUUAAUGUGAAAGUUUAACAACUGGAAUCAUCUCUACAACACCGUACAGAGUUAGGACUGUUGAAAACUAAGCUAAUCUGUUACUGUGAAUUUACCCCUUUUUAAAGCAUAAAGUUCAUAUCGCAUACAUAAAGAAUUAUCUUUUGGAAAAAUUUGGCACAUGUAUUUGUUUCAAAUUGUAUCCGAGCACCUUAUCAAAUCAAUUUUUGAUAUUGUUUAUCAUCAAAACAUCCUCUGACAUGACAUUUAAAGCCCCUCCCUCCACAACCUCUGUUGCCCAGCCGCUGUGGGCUCUGUGCCUCUCAUUCUCCACAUGGAAUUGAUUAGGUCGGCACAGUUUCCAUGUUUAAAGAAAGUAUUGUGUUUAUUUCACCAAAUGCUGAAAACCUGACGUGUUCAGGCAUGAAGUUCUUGAAUGCUCUCACCCCCCCUCCCCCCUUGUUGCAGUAUAACUUCCGAGGCAAACCAAGGCCUGGGUUGUAACUUGUAAUAGUUAUUGAUUUUCAGUCUACAUUGACAUGUUGCUCGCUCAGAAUUGCUGUCGGUGCUUGGGAAAAAAA